AUAACUUUACCUUAGUCUUUUAUUUAUUUUUUAAAAAAUCCUAUAGGCUGUAUACUCUAUGGUAAUUUGUGUCUGAUAACACCUGUGUUAAUACUUGGUAUAAUAAGGAAAAUCUGCCUUCACUGUUAAAUCAGUUUUGAUUAUGUGUAGAAUAUGGUAUACAAAGUAAUACUUUAAUAUAUACAACUGCUCAUAUGCCAUCAAUAAGAUCUCAUCCUCCAGACUUGUGAAUUCUUGGAAAAAAUUGCUUCCACAUGUUUCUAAAACUACUUAAGGUUUUGACUGGUUGGUGGUCCAUUGAUUCUAAAUAUGUGACCUGUCAAAACGCCAUCUUUAAACUCCAGUGAUGCAUAGAGGCUUGGAAUUAGGCAGGGCUGAAUUUAUUACAGAACAAAGGGAGGUGAUGAUUAACACACCCAUCCGAGCAGUAGGGGGGAAAAUAAUCCUUGAAUGGAUUAGAUGCCACGAUCCUAAAACCACAUUCUCUGAGUGUUGGGUCCUUGCCCAGAAACGGGGAGAGGCCAAACACUGAUGCCUUUUAAAUGACAGGGUAUCUCCAUGGGACUCUGCUCAGGGACACUGGGGCAGAGAGUUGAGGGUCAGCUGGGAAAAAGCCUUUCUCUUGUGAUCUAUCAGAGUUGAGGAUGUAGACUCGCUCUGUGUGCAGUAAUCUUCAAAAUGGACAGCCCACCUGAUUAGUGUUCUACAGUUAUUUGUCUGGGUGGGCAUUACAUUGAAAUGUGAAUAAAUGGGACUUAAUUUUUUUCUAACCAGAAUUAGCAUAACUUUUAUUUUUGGAUUUUAGGCUACUUUCAAGACUGGCAUAGAGGCUGCCAGUUAGUGUACAUCACUCUUCUAAGUCAAGUUAUAGAUGGGUGUUCUCUGUUCACUGGCAAGCUCUUGUAGAUUCUGAGCACUCCCAGGAUGUAUUUUCAGGGAAACUUAUAAGAAUAGUCUAUGAACAGAGCACUAAACUCAUCUUCUGAUUGAUUUUCCUUUUGCUCUCUCCUUUGCUGUGCAGUGCAAGCUGCAUAAAAAUCCAGUUUUUAAAAAUAGCACUGUAUACUAGCAUUGAUGGAGACCUACUCUCUCAGAAGAGGCCUCCAGUAGAAGGGUGCCCCCUUGAGAGGGAAAGAGGCCAUCAGAAGACAGUUGUUUUGAUUCCAGUUCCCUGAGAGGAGGAGGAGGACUUGAAUCACAAGCCCAGGUGCUCAGGAAAUCUCCUGUCACUCUGUGAUGGGCUGGAACAUGGUGCCAUGUCCGAAGCUUCUAAAUACAGUUCAGGCUGGGUCAUCAUGACAGAUGCUGAACUGGCACUGCUACGGGAAUUGAAGUGGGAACUCUGACAGUGUUUAAAUGCCAUGGCCUCUGGGCUCAAAGUCUUCCUAGGCCAGGACAGGGAGAGGCGGUGCAGAGUUAUGGAGAAGACGAUAGGAACAACUUUGGCAAGGAAAUCCUGCUGCCUCGGCGACACUACCACUCCUUCAGAAGGCAACAGACACCCAACAACACACCAGCUAUUUUAGAAGCUGUCAGUUUCUGAAUUGCUGACACACUUGGAGGACACUGUCUCUUCAAGGGUCAUUCUGACCCUUCAAGAUUCAGAGCAGAGCACUGGUUCAGACUCUGAGGUACUCACCGAGCGGACUUCCUGCUCCUUCAACACUCACCCUGAUCUGGCCUCAAGUGCUGCAGGCCCUGUGCCUGCUGCCAUGUCUUCCAUGGAGGAGAUCCAGGUGGAGCUGCAGUGUGCUGACCUGUGGAAGAGGUUCCACGAUAUUGGAACGGAAAUGAUCAUCACCAAAGCAGGCAGGAGGAUGUUUCCUGCCAUGAGAGUAAAAAUCACUGGCCUAGAUCCACACCAGCAGUACUAUAUAGCAAUGGACAUUGUACCUGUGGACAAUAAAAGAUACAGAUAUGUGUAUCAUAGCUCCAAGUGGAUGGUGGCUGGAAAUGCUGAUUCCCCUGUGCCUCCACGAGUUUAUAUACACCCUGAUUCUCUAGCUUCUGGAGACACCUGGAUGAGACAGGUGGUCAGUUUCGACAAGCUCAAGCUAACCAACAAUGAAUUGGAUGAUCAAGGACAUAUCAUUCUGCACUCUAUGCACAAAUACCAGCCUCGAGUUCAUGUGAUUCGCAAGGAUUUCAGCAGUGACCUUUCACCCACCAAGCCUGUCCCUGUGGGGGAUGGGGUCAAAACGUUCAAUUUUCCUGAGACCGUGUUCACCACAGUCACAGCAUAUCAGAACCAGCAGAUCACCAGAUUAAAAAUUGACCGAAACCCUUUUGCUAAAGGAUUCAGAGAUUCUGGGAGAAACAGAACCGGACUUGAAGCCAUCAUGGAGACUUACGCGUUCUGGAGACCUCCUGUGCGCACACUCACCUUUGAGGAUUUCACCACCAUGCAAAAGCAGCAAGGAGGCAGCACAGGCACUUCUCCAACCACCUCCAGCACUGGGACACCAUCCCCUUCGGCUUCUUCUCACCUGUUAUCUCCAUCCUGUUCUCCUCCAACUUUUCACCUGGCCCCCAACACCUUCAAUGUGGGCUGCCGAGAGAGCCAGCUGUGUAAUCUAAACCUCUCUGAUUACCCACCAUGUGCCCGAAGCAACAUGGCUGCCUUGCAGAGCUACCCGGGGCUGAGUGACAGUGGCUACAACAGGCUCCAGAGUGGCACCGCUUCAGCCACUCAGCCCUCCGAGACCUUCAUGCCUCAGAGGACUCCAUCCCUGAUCUCAGGAAUACCAACUCCUCCCUCGUUGCCUAGCAACACCAAGAUGGAAGCUUACGGUGGCCAGCUGGGGUCCUUCCCCACUUCCCAGUUUCAGUAUGUCAUGCAAGCAGGCAAUGCUGCCUCCAGCUCCUCCUCACCACACAUGUUUGGGGGCAGCCACAUGCAGCAGAGCUCCUACAAUGCCUUCUCCCUCCACAACCCUUACAACCUCUAUGGAUACAACUUUCCCACCUCCCCUAGGCUAGCUGCAAGCCCAGAAAAACUGAGCGCCUCUCAAAGCACUUUACUCUGUUCUUCUCCUUCCAACGGGGCCUUUGGCGAGAGGCAGUACCUGCCCACGGGGAUGGAGCACAGCAUGCACAUGAUUAGCCCUUCGCCCAAUAAUCAGCAGGCAAGCAAUGCUUGUGAUGGCCGGCAGUACGGGGCGGUCCCAGGCUCCUCCUCCCAGAUGUCUGUACACAUGGUUUAAAGGCCACGGAGCCCACAGCAGUCAAGACCCCAGAGUCUCCAUGGGCAGAUCCUCCUAUCUGGGAGCCCAACACCUUUGGAAAACAGGAACUUUGUAUUUUGUUUGCUGGUUUGUUUUUCUGGAGGAGGAAGACGCAUACACAAGAGCAACAAGAGACACUUGUAGGCCACUGAAGGAUACUUGCGGUGCAUCAUCCACAACUCAGUGGUCCUUCUCCUGCCUUCCCAAACCUUAGUGUAAAGCAUAGUCUAUGCCAGAGUGGCCUUUGAAGUGACUGAAUCAUCAUUUUAUAAUAAUGUUAAGGGAGAUGCUAGCGUGUAGCAGCCAUGAAAAGUUACACACACAGACCUACCUAUACAUGCACACACGUGUAUUCGUACAUAAACUUGUGCAAACACAAACAUACAUGUACCCCGACUCUGAACUGGGUGAACUCUGUGCAGGGAGGCCCAGAAUGGGUGCUUUCACCAAGAAUUUGUUGAUGUACAACACUAGAUGGACUGGGCCGGCCGUUGCUGCCAGCCUUUCUCCCCUGCAGCUUGCCGUGCUUCUGGAAUGAACCAUGUAUCCUGGAAUCCUUACCCAUUGAUGAAGGUGGGACGACAUCAGUUACAACUGGACUUGGCUUCCUGACAAAGAUCGCUCUUAAUCUCUGGCUGUCUGCACUCCCUGUGCCAGCAUUGACGUUCCCAGUGGUGCCUGUGAAAGAGGGAGUCAGGGCAGCUGAGCAGGACAGAAAGAAAGAGAAAGAAUAGAGGGCAGGACUGAGUUGGUGAGCAGGACUGGGAAAGUGUGAGCAAUGGUGGGAGUUUUGAUUCACCAAGGAAAUGUGGUUUUGGUUUGUUCUCCCACCUGCAGGUUAUAGGAAGAAUCUUGGCAUUACUGAAGAGUGAACCUCCCAGGGACACUGUAUGGUCAGGGCACUGCGGGAAGGGACUGGAGCAAGUAGUGCUACCUGAUCCCACAUGACAGAUGUGACCCAGAAGGGAGGCGCGCCACGUGGGAAGUGCUGAUUCCACAGCAUGCAGCCUGGCAGGGGAAGGGGACUAGGAGUGUGAAGAAGGAAGAGUUUUACCAUCCCCUCAGAUGACACCGAGAGCAGUGGCAGUAGUGGCCUGGUCUCCGCAUGCCAGAUCCAGACGCCCGCCCUGGACCUCCUGCCUGCUAGCCCCUGUGGCGGGAGAAAUCCUAUCUUGGUCCAGGGAAUCGCAGAUGGAUCUUCUCCACUCUUCCACCUGCCCUUAGAUCUCCAUUUUUAUCAAAUAGUUCUUUGCAUUUUGAAGUUUGGGUUUUUUUCUUUUAUUUUUCAUUUUCCCUUCAAAUCCUUUAAUGAUAAGCAAACAAGUGAAGCUUGGUGCAAGCUACAAUUUUUAAAUGGUGUGGAAAUGCAAAUAAUACCAAGUAAAAUAAUACAGAUAUUAUUGAGAUUUGUGGUUUUGAAGUGUUGUAGAUAAAUGUAUUUAUGUGCCUAGUGGGGAAUCCAAUAUUAUGAAUAUUAAAAAGGGGGCAAUAAAAGGGUAUGUAAAAUAUGUAUGAAGAAAAGGUGUAUAAAAAUUUGCCCUUAUGCACGGAACUCUGUUUCUAAGUGCCAAGCACAGAAAGCCGCUAAAUAAAACCUUUGCAAUUGUG